AUGGCCUCCUCCGGCUGGCUGGGGCUGACUCGGGGGCCCCGGGAGGAGCAGAAGAGCCUGGCCAGGGCCGUGAGGGCUCUGGAGCACCUGGAGCAGGUCCUGGGCAGAGACCCGCACCUGGAGCCCAGCCCGCCCUCGCUGGCCGACCUGCUCCCGCAGAUGAGAGGGCUCCUGCGGCAGGUGGCAGAGGCCCAGAGGCUGGCCCAGGGAGGCCUCCCGGAGCCGGGCGGCGCCACCGAAUUCCUAGCCGGCUACCUGAGUAACCUGGCCCAGAAGGGGCAGCAGCUGGUGGCCCUCUUCCCUGCAGGGAACAAGGCCUUCUGGGAGGGCCCCAGCCGCAGGAGGAAGCUCACCAAGCUGUCCCUGAUCUUCAGUCACAUGCACACGGAGCUCAGAGCCCUCUUCCCCGACGGGCACUACUGUGGACACAUGUACCAGCUGAGCAAGCCCCAGGCUCAGGAAUUUUGGAGAGAGAAUUGUGGGAAGAGGUGUGUGGUCCCCUGGGAAGAAUUUGAGAAACUUCUGAGCUCCUGCCACCCUGUGAAGCCUGGGCCUAUGGGUCAGGCCCUGAAAUCCACCAUCGACUUAACGGUCAGCGGCCACGUAUCCAUCUUUGAGUUUGACGUCUUCACCUGCCUUUUCCAGCCCUGGUCUUCUCUGCUCAAGAACUGGACCCUGCUGGCAGUCACACACCCGGGCUACAUGGCCUUCAUCACCUAUGCGGAGGUGAAGGCCCGCCUGCAGACCUACCUGGACAAGCCCGGCAGCUACAUCUUCCGCCUGAGCUGUACCCGCCUGGGGCAGUGGGCCAUCGGCCACGUGAAUGAGCACGGCCAGGUUCUACAGUCCAUUCCUUCUCCGAACAAACCGCUCUUCCAGGCGCUGAGAGAAGGCCAGAAGAAAGGCAUUUACCUCUAUCCAGACGGGAGGAAUGUGAAUCCAGACCUGUCCGAGCUGGAAGAACUUAAGGACCACAGACACAUUGAGGUGUCCCAG